ACCAAGUUUCACCCAGCCAGCUCAUUCCCAGACACAUCUGAAGGACAGGAUGCUAUCCAGAGGGACCUAGACAGGCUCACGAAGUGGGCCCAUGGGAAACUCAUCAAGUUUAACAAGACCAAGUCCAAGGUUCAGACAUCUGGGACACCCAGGAAGUGCACUUGCAGCAGCAGAGAGUAAAACUUGCUGAUGCAAUGCUAGUGAAAGGGAGCAACUCAUAACCCCAGCUCCCCUCAGGCCGCUGCAGAGAAGAGCAUGGCCACAGAGACGGACAGCUGCUGUCCCAUCUGCCUGGACAGCUUGAAGGAGAUCAGCUACAUAUUUCCGUGCCUGCACCAGUUCUGUUACACCUGCAUCCUGCAGUGGGCACAGAACACACCCAAGUGCCCCCUCUGCAAGAGGAGGAUUCUAUCCAUCCUGCACUCGAUGGAGACAGAAAAUGACUACAUGGAGCAUGUCAUUGCACUAUCUGAGACACCAUCCGUCGUUGUCCACCAAGCGAGGGGAGACCCAAGACAGCUUGACCUCCAUUUCUCUGGAGCAUCCCAAACAUGGGCUGCAGAAGGAGUGCCUAGGCAUCCCGUGGCCGGUCUCCAGCCUCGGGAAUGGAUGGUACUUUUCCGGGACCACCCAUGCCUCCUAGAUACCCUGAUGCUCUGGCUCCGACCAAGGCUGAGGCAGAUCUUCAGGAACAACUGGAUGGAGGCAGACCUAGUGGAGGUCACUGUCCUGGACAUCCUGACCAACCAUGGAAUCGAUGAAGACCAGCUGGUCCAGAUGCUGGGGGUCUCCCUCCAAAACAAUGUGGCGAUAUUUGUACAACAGCUUAUCCGUGUUGCUGUGCGACAGUGCAGCAGGGAGGCCUGUCGUCUGCUCACCCACCAGCCCUAUCUCCCUGCCCAGGUCCCAGCCCUUCUGACAGCCCUGCAAGAUGCACCAUGGGUGAGGUGCCCAACACCGCCUCCUCUGCCAUGGAUAGGGAUUUCAGAAGCUGCCCCUCUGUACCCAUUACCAUUGCUGUUGGAGCAAGAAGAGCCUCAGGAGGAGCCAGAGGAGUCUGUUCCUGGGUCCUCCACUUCCAGACGGGGCAGUGACCCCUCUCCUGAGGGGUCAUGAUGACCUCUGAAGAGGCAGGCAAGUGGCCCUGGGGCCUCUUCAGCCACCCCUGCAUCUGGGGCUUUGGAGGAUGCCUCAGGGGUUAGCCAAAUUGGGACUGGGCCACCAGCUGGGGCAUGCACCAACCCUCUAAGGCUCCCAGCCCCUCAUAUCCGGCUAUCCAAAUAAAAUGAAUGCAUGGAAACUCA